UAUACCCCGUCCCACCAGUCAUGUCAACUCAGGAUUGUGAUGUUUGGAAAAAAGGACAAAAAGACAAUGCUGUGCAACUUCAUCGCUCAGAGAAAAAUAACCAAGCAAUGUGAGGUUGCCGAUGGACAGUGGAGAGGAAAUCCUCUAACAUUGGUGAAAACUCAGAACAUCUUCAGUCUGUCUGUGGAAGCAGUCACAGAAGAGAUAAAGAAGUGCAUCAGUCUUUGUCGUCCUGGACCAAAUGUCCUCCUGCUGUUAGUGAAGCCUUCUGAGUUCACAGAGAAGAACAAACAAACACUGAAGUUCAUUCUGAGCUUGUUUGGUCAAGAUGCGUUUAAACACUCAAUGGUCAUCAGUACACAUGAGGGGAGUGAAAUGAGUGUCACUGUUCGUCAGCUCCUUAAAGACUGUGGAGGAAGACACUACAGCGUGGUCGAAAUGAACCACACACUGUUAAUGGAGAAGAUUGAAAACAUUGUGCGUGAAAACAAAGAAACCUUCCUCACCUUCACUGAAGAGAUCAUCAGACCAAAGUCUGGACACAUGAAACCAGCUGUAAACCUGGUUCUGUGUGGGAGGAGAGGAGCAGGGAAGACUUCAGCAGCCAAGGCCAUUUUAGGUCAGACAGAGCUUCAUCCAGUCUCCAGCUCAUCAGAGUGUGUUAAACAUCAGGGAGAGGUGUGGGGACGUCGGGUUUCUCUGGUGGAGCUUCCUGCCUUGUAUGGAAACCCUCAGGAGGCAGUGAUGGAGGAAUCAUUCAGGUGUAUCUCCCUCUGUGAUCCUGAGGGCGUCCAUGCCUUCAUCCUGGUCCUACCUGUGGGUCCCCUCACUGAUGAAGACAAGGGAGAGUUAAAGACCAUCCAGAACACAUUCAGCUCUCCAGUCAAUGACUUCACCAUGAUUCUGUUCACUGUGGAGUCAGAUCCUACAGCUCAAGAUGUUAACUUCCUGAAGGAAAGCAAGGAGAUCCAGGAGCUCUGUCAGAGUUGUGGAGGAAGAUAUGUUGUUCUCAACAUCAAGGACCAGCAGCAGAUCCCAGAGCUGUUGGAAGAUGUGGAAAACAAUAGUCAAUCUAAAAAUGAACCAUACUGCUAUACAACGGAAACAUUUGCUCGUGCACAAAUGGAAAAGGUCUUACAACAAGAGAAACACAUCAACAUGCAACAAGGUGAACUUGAGAGGCUGAAAAAGAAGAAUGAGAUAACGUGUGAUGAUGAGAAGCAGAGCCCAGAGUGUCUCAGGAUUGUGCUGAUAGGGAAGACUGGCUGUGGAAAGAGCUCUUCAGGAAACACCAUUCUAGGAAGAAAGGCGUUUGAAGCCAAAUCAAGCCAAACGUCAGUCACCAAACUUUGUCAGAAAGAACAGACUGAAGUGAACGGUCGUCCUGUUGUUGUGGUCGACACUCUCGGUCUGUUUGACACAACUUUGUCCCAUGAAGAGGUUCAUGAGGAGAUGUUAAAGUGCAUCAGUCUUCUGGCUCCAGGACCACAUGUCUUCCUGCUGGUGUUAAACAUUGGCAGACUCACACAAGAGGAGAAGGAGACAUUAAAACUCAUCAAGAAAGGCUUUGGGACAAAUUCAGAAAAGUUCACCAUCAUUCUUUUCACACAUGGAGAUAACCUGGAGGAUGAGGAGCGGUCGAUUGAUGAAUACAUUGAAAAGGAAUGUGAUGAUUCCUUUAAGAGGCUGGUUGUUGACUGUGGAGGAAGAUACCAUGUGUUCAAUAACCGUGAUAAAGAAAACUGCACACAAGUCAGUGAUCUGAUAACCAAGAUUGACAACAUGGUGAAGAAGAAUGGAGGCAGCUGCUACACCAAUGAGAUGCUGCAAGAGGCCGAGGCAGCUAUAAAGAAGGAAGUGGAGAGGAUCCUGAAGGAGAAGGAAGAAGAGAUGAAGAGAGAGAGGGAGGAACUUGGAAGAAAACACGAGGAAGAAAUGCAAGCAAUGAAAAGAAGAAUAGAAGAACAGAGAGCAGAAACUGAAAAGGAGAGAAAACAGAGAGAAAAACAACUUGAAGAAAAGGAAGAAAACAUAAAGAAGGAACAUGAGAAGACAAAGAGAGAACAGGAAAUGAGAGAAGAAGAGGACAAGAAGAGAAAACAACAAGAAGAAAAUCAACAACAGGAGUGGGAACAAAAACUUGAAAGUUUGGAGCAAAAAAUAAGAUCGGAGUCAGAAUCAAAGGAAAUCAUUGACAGAAAACUGAAGGAGACCAGAGAAGAGAUGAGAAAAGAACGAGAGAACUGGGAGAAAACACAAAAAGAAAUGUGGCACAAACGAUAUCAAGAAGAUGAACAGAGACGACAAGAGGAGCAAACAAGAUUAAGAAAACUUCAACAAGAAUACAAACAGGAAAGAGAAACAUAUGAAAAGGAAAGAAAUGAAGAGGACCGAAUCAGAAGGAAACAGGAGAAAAAAGAGAAAAAAGACAUCGAGGAGGAUCAUAAGAAAAAAAUUGAGAAUCUGAAGAAGGAGUAUGAAGAUGACGCCAGAGAGAAGGCUGAAGAGUUCAAUGAAUUUAAAGAGAAACACAAAAAUGAUUUCACAGCUCAGAAGCAAGAGCAUGAGAAACAAAUGAAAGACACAGGUGACAUGGCAUAUAACAUCUUAGAGGCACUUGCAGAAAGCAAUGUUGAAGAGAUAGAGAGAAAACAGAGAGAAAUAUCUGACCUUGUGAAGUGUGUGACCAAAAACAGCACAAAUCUUGAUCAAAUCAAUGAGUUGCUGAAAACACACAAAGAGGAAAUGGAGAAGGUAGAAAAGGAGGAGGAAAAGAGAAUCCUGCUGAACAAACAUGAAAAUCAAUUAUGUAAGUUGAUGCAGAAACUUCUGAAUGAAGUUGACGAACCCAGUAAGUGUUCCAUCUCAUGAGGCAUUUAAUGAUUUAGCCAUGCCAGCGGUUUGUAUUUACAGAUGGCGAUGUCAUCAGUCUGUCCACCACUUUGAUCCAGACUGAAAUGGCUCAACUAUU